GUUUGAGCCCUCUUGGCGCGGUUCAAACCAUGUAUAGAAUGUUUAGCCGAGCUAAUGGCAUGGCCUUAUGUAUCCUAGUGGCAGGGAUCUUCCUGACUGGGAUCAAUAUCUAUCAGCUCAAAUCCAUGCAACAGGAUUUCCUUCGUGCCCGUAAUCUCUAUUCGGGAUCGGAGGGAGACUCGUCGCCACUGUCUGAAAGACCCAAGUAUUCCGUGUAUGGCAAGAACAUUGAUUCUGGCUAUCUGAAGCAUGUGUACGAGCCUCUGAAUAGAGCUGGUUAUGUCCGUGUAAACUACAACGUCAGUGACGACUGGAUGGUCAUGUGGGCCCACGACUAUCCUUUCAAGAAGAUCAGGCCCGUCAUCAUGAAGAUGAAGAAACACCAGAAGGUCAACAAGUUCCCUGGGUCUGGCUUCGUUACCAAUAAGGUUAAUUUAGCCACUUCUGGCUUGGAGGGUAUUCCCAGGGCCUUUCAAAUCCCCGAGGAAGCUUCCAAACUUAAGUCAUAUGCAGAAGAUAAUCCGGACAAGAUGUUUGUCCAAAAGAACAAGAACCAUCGAGGAAUCAAAAUAGAAAAAAUCGACCACCUCGACCUUAAGACCGAAGGCUCAUUCGUGCAAGAAUUCGUGGAUGAUCCGUUCUUGAUUGAUGGCUACAAGUUUGAUAUUGGAAUUUACACCAUGAUCACCUCCAUUGAUCCGUUGCGAAUCUACGUGUUCGAAGGCGACAUCAUGCUUCGAUUCUGCCCAGAGAAAUACCAUCCAUUCGAUGCGGCCAAUCGAGAUAAAUAUGUGGUUCACGAUGACUACCGGCCAACGUGGAAAGUUCCCACCAUGGCCAAGAUUUACUCAGAUCUGGGAUACUCAUUCCGAGAAACGUUAAACACACACAUCCGCUCUCUUGGGAAAAACCCUGAGGAGCUCUGGAACAAAGUUCAUCGUGUGAUUCGUAGUGUGUACCAGGCGAAGGAGAAAAGCUUCGCCAAUGCUCUCAAGAAUUAUCCCCAUAAGCGAGGGUUCUUCGAAAUGGUGCGCUUUGACUUCGUGCUCGACUCCAAACUUAGCCUCUAUCUCAUGGAGGCCAACAUGUCGCCCAAUCUGAGCUCAAAACAUUUCUCUCUCAAUCGAAGGCUGUACGAGCAAGUCAUGUAUUCGUUACUCCGGGUAACGGGAGUGCUGCGCGGAGGGAUUGUGUCGACUUCGUUUCAGCCCGCGUCCAAAGAAGAACUGGAGAUGCAAAUGGCCGAACAAGAUCUGCAUGUCUUUCCUGAUGAAUGUCUAUCCGAGAAGUGUUCCAAGGUGACCGCUUGCGAAGACAAAUCGUGCCAUUUAUGCAAACAUUGUCUGAGCUCCGAGGACCUGGACUUCUUGAGGCCAGCAUUUCUAGAACACACAAACAGACAUUUAUGUCGAAGAAUCUUUCCCAUUCCAGAAACAAGAGAGGAAGCCAAGAAGUGGCAAACGAAACAAUUCCCCAAGAACGAGACCUUGGCCAAUAUUAAAAUGUCCCAAUGGUUUUCAGGAAAGUGCCUGUUGGACAGAAAUUGGUGCGAUUAGCUAAUUUUGCAUUGCAGUAUCAAAUAAAACACGACUGUGGACGUUGAAGCGGAACGGCCAAAUCCCCUCAAUUAUUA